UCACCACCGUUCUCUUCAUCUCCUUCCUAACGUGUUGAAUCUUUUGGUUUCCUUCUCUGCAAAUUAAUUGAUCAACAUUAUGACUCUUUGCUUUUUUUUUUAAAUAAAUCAGCCCAAAAAAGGGAUCAGAACAAUAACACCGUUGCCGGCGAAACAGUGGGCUAGGUUACAGAGGAGAAGAAGCUAGCUUACAAGCAAAUACUGAAACAAAAGAGACUACAGUUCGAGGGAAAGAAAGCUGAAUAGAGUAAGAUCUAGACUCCGGUGGACACUGAUGGCAAGAAAUCCGGUCAAUGAGACUUCUCGGCGCCGGUGUGUGCAAGACCCCACAUUCUUUCUGUCGUCUAACCUUCAGACCACCACCCGCAGAGUCGCCCCCUGGCCCCAAAACGCCGGAACCAAAGGAUUAAGGUCCGGCUCCGUAACCCUAACGCCGUAAUCCGCCUGAAAUUCACUCUUCCUCCUAGGUCCGAGACACCACGUACCUUCUCAGACUCACGGAAGCGAAACCGAAGGCCGAGCCGGAGAGAAACCGUCAAGAGAACCGACAUCCCGUAAAAAGCUCCAAAACUCUGCAGGAUACAAGUUGUUUGGGAUAGUAAGUCACAUGGGAACAUCAACUCACUGUGGUCACUACGUGACACACAUAUUGAAAGAAGGUCGUUGGGUGAUCUUCAAUGACAGCAAAGUAGGUAUCUCGACAAAUCCUCCUAAAGACAUGGGUUACCUCUACUUCUUUCAGCGUCUGGACAAUUGAUAUGGGAGAGACCGAGAGUGUUGACUUCUAUGGAUGGAGCCAGAAAAAGAAAGACGGAUUCUACGUACCGUUCUUUCAAUAGAAAUUUUAGGGUCUAGGGUUUUAAGAUUUGGAUUGAGUUGUCCUAUGCAUGGGUGACGACUUGGUUUUCCAAAUUUUACUUGUGGAUUAUGAAAAAAAUACUAAUUUUGGUUACAGUGUGAUGGAAAUCAGUGUGGGAAAGCAGGCUGUGGCCAGGUCCUGCAUGAGCCCUUUCUGAAGUUCUUAAAGCAUGAAGAAGAAGAUGAAUCAGAGAUUUCCCAGGACACGGAGAGACUCGCUGGAGUAUUACGAUCCCAAAUCAGGUGAAUUUGUGUUUGGUGUUGUGGACCUGUGGUUUCUGGUAGCGAGAACAAACUUGAUGUGGGUAUAGUUGCGGAUAUGUUGGGGACCAUAAUGACUAAUGAGAAAGUUCCAUCGUAAGACAAAGAAUUUGAUUAUUUGCUUUGUGAUUUAAAGUACGUUGCUAAUCUGGGGAAUCGAUUCUGGAAUACGACACAGUGUUGGUGGUUCAGACUAUGGUUCUGUAAGGAUUAGGAGCUUUUAUUGGCAAAACAAUGAUAAGAUCUUUUGCAUCUUCUGUAACAAACUCAGGAGAGGCUGAAGAGGAGAGCUCGGAGUUGAUUGAAUAUGAUGCUUCUUUGGAUUACUUAUGCAACCUUUCACCUCAUAGAUUUCAAGCUCUAUACGCAAGUAAGCUCCCACAGUCUAUCACAGGGGAAGAAUUCAUGGAAAAGUAUGGUGAUCAUGGGGAUUCUGUCACAAUCAUUAACAAAAAAGGUACUUACCACAUAAUGGCGCCUACUAAACAUCCAAUCUAUGAGAACUUCCGGGUCCAGGCUUUCAAAGCAUUGCUGACAGCAACUCCUUCAGAAGAACAGGUCAUUGGUCUUGGGGAGCUUAUGUACCAGUGCCAUGAUAGCUACAGUGCGUGUGGGCUUGGCUCUGAUGGUACAGACAGAUUAGUACAGAAAAUGGAGAGGUUGAAGCACUCUAAAACAGAGAACGGGACGCUCUACGGGGCCAAGAUCACAGGAGGUGGUAGCGGCGGAACAGUUUGUGUUAUUGGAAGGAGCAGUUUGAGAAGCAGUGAACAGAUUCUUGAGAUACAGAGAAAGUACAAGGAAGCAACGGGGUUUAUGCCGUAUGUGUUUGAAGGUUCGUCUCCUGGAGCUGGCAAGUUUGGAUAUCUCAAGAUACGCAAGAACUCUGCUCCUCCUCCUACUUAAACAUUUUUUUCUCCUUAUUUUUGAUGAUUUUUCUUAUUUUGUCAAAGUAAGCUAUGUUGAAAACUGGGUAUAGUAGUAAGCUAUGACGAGACAAAUCAUAAAAAAUUAAAAUUUCAA